CUACCCACACAAUCCAAAAGAACCUCUGGAACUUUGAAGAGACUCGGAAUUUGUUAACUCCAUAGCAAGAUGGAGAUGACUGCUCAAUCUUUGUCUUCUGCAAAGCUCCCCGCCUGCUCACCUUCCUUCCUUCAUUCAAAACCCAUUCUUUCUUCAUCAUAUUUGGUGAUCCCUUUACAGUCCUCCAAGAAUUACAGUGCUCAGCUAAAAUUCCAUAGAAUCAGAUUAAAGAAACAAAGGAAUCUUGGUGUCAUUUAUGCUUCUGAAACUCAAAGCAAUACCGUAUCAGAUGUAGCUGAUAGAUGGCUUCUUGAACCUGCAGGUGAUGGAGAUUGGAAACACAUUGGAUUUAAGGUCCAGAUGCCAGAUGCCUUUGAGAUUGCUUCUAGUGAAGUCACUGUUGGCCGUGUCCCUGAUAAGGCAGAUGUGGUGAUUCCAGUUGCAACAGUAUCGGGAGUUCAUGCUCGGAUUCAGAAGAAAGGAGGGAAUCUUCUGGUGACAGACUUGGAUAGUACCAACGGGACCUUCAUAAAUGACCAGAGGCUAAGACCCGGAGUUGUUUCCGAGGUGCCACCGGGUGGUUUUCUUAUAUUCGGGGACACUCAUUUGGCAAUGUUUCGUGUCUCAAAGCUUGAGAAUGUUGAGAGUACUGAAAGCAAACCAGAGGAAUCGGAUGAUAAAUUGGAGAGUAACACUGCAACCGAGGAAACUGCAACAGACUAAAAAAUUGCAGGAUUUUGUCGCUGAGGCAUUUAUAAAGUUAUCAUGUAGGCGAAUCUGCUAUGUCAUUUGUCCAAAAAUCUAAAA